CAAGUUUCCUGCGCAUUACGUUUCGUGCGCGUGUAGCCUUCCUUAACCAAUUCCAAUCCCCAUCCUUUCCCAUACCCACCUAUCCGUCUCUCCGCCGCUUCCUUGGCAACAGCAGAAGCCCUCCUCGACCGACCCAAUCCAGCCAAAUCCGGCAAGUCCCGGCCGAGAUCUGCUCUUAGUCUUCAUCCGAUCCUGUCGCACCCCUACGCAAUCCGACCCAACUCGAAGGGAGCAUGAUGGCCAAGAGCUCGUUCAAGCUGGAGCACCCCCUCGAGAGGAGGCAGGCUGAGGCUAGCCGUAUCAGAGAGAAGUACCCUGAUAGAAUUCCUGUGAUUGUUGAGAAGGCUGAGAGGAGUGAUAUUCCUGACAUCGACAAGAAAAAGUACCUUGUCCCCGCUGAUCUUACUGUCGGACAAUUUGUGUAUGUUGUUCGGAAGCGGAUCAAGCUCAGUGCUGAGAAGGCGAUUUUCAUCUUUGUGAAGGACACUCUUCCGCCAACAGCUGCUCUGAUGUCUGCGAUAUAUGAAGAGAACAAGGACGAGGACGGAUUCCUCUACAUGACUUACAGUGGCGAGAACACCUUUGGCCUGCUCUAGGUGCCACCACAACAAUCGGGUCGAUCCACCAUUGCAUCCCUAGUAAUGCCUCUUGUAAAUAAGACUUGUCAAGCAACUGUGUAUAUUCUGGUUUCCUCAUUGCAAAAGAUUGCACUCUACUACUAAAUACCUAUCAGGUGUCCUUAACAUAUACAUCUUUUAAAUCAAGUAACUGACCGUGAAAACGGCCAGUAUUUUACAGAA